AAAAUUCGCAACUCCAAAUAAAUUCAGACGGCGUUGCAUGCGUUUCAGCUUAGGAGUUAUACAACAUGGCGACUGACCCUAAGGAGAUUUUCUCAGAGUAUUCCACCACCUCAACGUCAUCAUCAGCAGAAAUACCUCCGCUGAAAAAUGAUUCCGACGAAACUAGAAAGAGAUACAAAGCUAUUGACCGAGAAUCUUUUAUCCUGAUGUUUAGUAUGUUUUUCAUCAUCUUUCAUUUGAUUGAGUUGGUGCUCGGAGUUACUGUGGAUAAGAUCAUUUACAACUUGGGACCAACCGCCAUUGGGAUUGAGAUUGUUUAUGAAACUGCUCUCAUUAUAUUAAACAUUGCCUUACUGUUGGGAACCUGGUACAGAGAACGGCCGGGUCUUAUAAUUUGGCUGGGAGGAGUUUUUCCCCUUAUUCUUGCAAACCUAGCCUGGCGAGUCUACAGGUUGGCUGAGAAUAAGAGAGGAGAGCUGGUGGAAUGUUUUAUCGAUGUGUUUAUCCUGUUCUCUUACCUGUUCGUCUGGCCGAAGGUGCACUCCUUCAACAGAAACAGGAAUGUGGUCGUGAACAGGAUUGCUAAUGAGAUUAAAGUUUAGUCCAUAUCUGAUGUAGAACUUUUAUUUUGUCGAUUAUUAAAGAUAUAACUUUGUACUUAAAUUAUCAAUUUAUUCUUGUAUAAUCUUUUUUCAAGAAAGGAAAAUAGAGGAUUUUAUAGA